AUGGCGCCAACCGCACCAGAAAAGGACAAGGACAAAUCCAAGGUUCAUAAAUUAGCUCUCAAAGGAAGCGCCAAACUUGUUGCGGAAUUCUUUCAAUACUCGAUCCAUACCAUCUUGUUUCAAAGAGGUGUCUAUCCCGCCGAAGAUUUCACAGCCGUCAAAAAAUAUGGUCUGAACAUGUUAGUUUCUGCCGACGACCAAGUCAAGGCGUACAUCAAAAAGAUCAUGUCCCAGCUCGACAAAUGGAUGCAGCGUGGCAAGAUCAGCAAGCUAGUCAUCGUCAUCACCGACAAAGACACGGGUGAGCACGUCGAACGAUGGCAGUUCGACGUUCACAUAUUCAAUACCGGCAAAUCUAAAAAGUCCAAGACGUCUUCCAACCAAGAGAACGACGCGCCUCCGUCAGCCUCCAACACGGCCCUCCCCGAUUCUUCCAAGUCCGAGUCCGAGAUCCAAGCCGAGAUCGCCGCCCUCUUCCGCCAGAUCACUGCCUCUGUUACUUUUCUACCCCAACUAGCCGGCGACUGCACCUUCAACGUCCUAGUGUAUGCCGACGCAGAUAGCGACGUGCCUGUCGAAUGGGGCGACAGCGACGCCAAGGAGAUCGUCAACGGCGAAAGGGUACAGCUGCGGGGGUUUAGUACCACCAGCCACCGGGUUGAGACGUUGGUUAGCUAUCGGCUAGGAGAAUGA